AUGUUUAAACCACUUGCUUCGAUCGUCGCAGUAGCGGCCAUAGGAAUCGGAUUUGUAAAUUACUACCUCAAAAGCGUUCCUGAUAUGCCCGUUUUAGAUUUAGAACGAUGGUGGGCCGAUAGUGAAAAACCAGAACAAGAAGAUGAGUCAAUACGGCCAUUUAAGAUAGAAUUCAAUGACACGAUGAUCGAAGAUCUGAAAAACAGAUUAAUAAACCGACGUCCCUAUACUCCACCUUUGGACGGCAUGAAAUCUGAAUAUGGAAUGAAUACAAUAUAUCUAGAGAAGAUAUUGAAGUAUUGGUUGGAAAAAUAUAACUUCAAAGAGAGAGCUAAACGAUUAAAUCAAUUUCCCCAUUUUAAAACCAAAGUACAAGGUCUGGAUAUUCAAUUUAUAAGAGUAAAACCCGAAGUUACAGGGAAGAAAGUACUUCCUUUACUCAUGUUACACGGAUGGCCUAGUUCUUCCAAAGAAUUCGAUAAAGCAAUACCUAUGCUUACGACGCCGAGGGAUGAAUACGAUUUCAUAUUCGAAGUAAUUGCUGUUGAUUUGCCGGGCUUUGGUUUUUCUGAGGGCACUAAUAAACCCGGACUUAAUCCAGUGCAAAUAGGAAUAAUCAUGCGUAAUUUGAUGAGAAGACUCGGUUUUAAUAAAUUUUACAUACAAGCUGGCGACUGGGGAUCUCAGGCUGCUACACAUAUGACUACAAUGUUCCCAGAUGAGAUAUUAGGAUUUCACACAAACAUGCCAGUAUCUUCAAGGCCGAUAAGUAUGGUAAAAUACUUUAUUGGAUCCUUAUUUCCUAGUUUGAUAGUGGAUAACAAAUACAGAAAAAGACUAUAUCCCAUGAAAGAUUUCUUUAUGUACUACGUAAGAGAGGGUGGUUAUUUUCAUUUACAUGCUACAAAACCUGAUACUAUUGGAGCUGCUUUAACAGACACACCAGCCGGUAUUGCAGCGUAUGCGUUAGAGAAGAUGGGCGUUUGCUGUCAUAGGAAUCAGUUAGACACUUUACAUGGAGGCUUAGAAAAUUUAGAUAUAGACGAUUUGUUGGAUACUAUAACAAUAAUGUGGGCUAAUGAAAAAAUAACAUAUUCCAUUAGAAUUUACGCUGAAGCGUUCGCGUGGCCUGAAGUGUUUGUACUUCAUAACAUACCAACAAAAGUACCCACGGCUGUUAUAAAUUUUGAACACGAAGUAAUAUAUCAACCAGAUUGGAUACUUAGAGACAAAUUCCACAACAUAGUGCAUUCGACCACUUUAGACUUCGGUGGACACUUUGCAGCAAUGCACACGCCCAAAGAAUUAGUAGAUGACGUUUUCGAAUCCGUUGUCGAAUUUGACAAAUUCCAUGCAAGGAACCGACGUACU